AAUCGCUCCAAUCGAUAACUAUCGCUAGCCCGAUAACAGAAGGCGACACUAACAUAAAUAAAUAGUAAAUUGAGAUAUUUUGUUAAAAUCAUAAUCAGGAUGUCUGCCCUGCGCCGUGACGUAUCGCCUUUAAUCCAGCGCAUUCGGGCCUUCCUCCUGGGCCGGGAGCACAACCUGGCGCUGCGCUUCGAGGACGGAGUGGCCGAUCGCACCCAGCCGCAGCCGGAACUCCCGGAAGGACCAUCCCAUCUGGUCUCGGCCAACUACUACUGCCAGCGGGAUGCCCGGCGCGAAGUCUUCCCGCCCAUUGACCUGGUGGAGCAGCAGAAGCAGCUGGCGGCGGAGGCUGGCGAGGCGGCGAAGGCCACAUCCUCCAAGCUGCCCACUCCGGGCAAGACCUACGCCUGGGAUUAAAAGCCCCGUGGGAAUAGCCUUUUUUUUGAGUUGUAGUACGAGCCGGUUAAAGCUAAUAUAGAAUCCAUUCAAAUCGAC